CUGUCACUUUGCUGCCGGGCGUGGGGCCACACCGGUGUCCGGGACUGAGGCGCGACCGACCCGGGUCGGUUUUCCAGAGGCUUGGAGACCCAAGGCGAGGGCUGCGAGGAAGGCGCGAGCGGAGGGCCGCAACGCGCACGCCGUGAUCGUGGGCGACGGUCGCGUCCCCCGAGCCUGGGUUUCUCCGGGUGUAGCCUGGGACGCCCCGCAAGGCUGUGGGGCGGUGCCCAGAGUCACGUGUUCUCCGACCCCCGGGCGGCAGGGGCGGCGGCGUCCUGGGCGUCUGUGCCCUCGAACGACGGGAAGACUGAGGCCUGGAGCCGGGACGUCGCGUUGUGGGUCGCUUUCUGCGCGUCCUCAAGCAAGGGUUCUGAUGGCGACCGCGGCGCUGACAGAGCCCGCACAGAGCCUGAUGGCCUUUGAGGAUGUGGCCGUGUACUUCUCCCAGGAGGAAUGGGAGCUCCUGGAUGCAGCCCAGAGGGCCUUGUACUGCCACGUGAUGCUAGAGAACUUCGCACUUGUGGCUUCACUGGGGCUCUCUGCGUCACGACCCCGGGUAGUCAUGCAGCUUGAGCGUGGCGAGGAGCCCUGGGUUCUCAGUGGGACAGUUGUGAUGCCAGCCAGGAAUGCUCAGAGGAAGGCCAGCCCUGGUUCCCGUCAUCUGGCAUACGACAGGGUGGUUCCUGGAGAAGCAGCGCUGCCAGGGGCCCUCCAUGAUGGCUCCCGUCCAGCGCCUACAAGGGUCCUUCCCUUCACUGGCAUGUGUGAUCGUGGGAAAAGCCUGGAGGACUGGCAGGGCAUCUCCCCUUCUCAGGAGAAAAAACCCACAGGGGUGUCUGUAAUCUAUUGGGAACGGCUCCUGCUGGGUCCUGGCAGUGGGGAGGCCAGUGUCAGCCUCAGGCUGACCUCUCCACUGAGGAUGGCUGAGGACAGCUCACCCAGGGAGAAGGCCCUUAUGAACCGCCCCGUGCCAGGCAAGCAGCUGAGGGCAUGUGGGGGUCAGAAGCCAUAUGGGCGGGAGGCCCGUGGGAGAGCCUUCCCCAAAAUUCCAGAAUUUGAGGCUGGUCUCACCUCUGGGCAAGGUGGUAAGGGUACAGCUAGCCGCAAGCCUCAUGGACUCCCUGCUGGCCAGGAGCCCCCGACCUGGCAUCAGCUGGGAAAGGCCCUCCACACAGGCACUGGCCUCCUUUCAGGGGAGAAGCCCUUUGAAUGCAGGGCAUGCAACAAAGUGUUCGUGAAGAGCUCCGACCUGCUCAAGCACCUGCGCACCCACACUGGGGAGCGGCCAUAUGAAUGUGCUCAGUGUGGCAAGGCCUUUAGCCAGACAUCACACCUGACGCAGCACCAGCGCAUCCACAGUGGUGAGACACCCUAUGCAUGCCCAGCCUGUGGUAAGGCCUUCAGGCAUAGCUCCUCCCUGGUGAGACACCAGCGCAUACACACAGCUGAGAAGUCUUUCCGCUGCAGCGAGUGUGGCAAGGCCUUCAGCCAUGGGUCCAACCUCAGCCAGCACCGCAAAAUCCACGCAGGUGGGCGGCCCUACGCGUGUGCCCAGUGUGGCCGCCGCUUCUGCCGCAACUCACACCUGAUCCAGCAUGAGCGCACUCACACGGGUGAGAAGCCUUAUACCUGUGCUCUUUGCGGUGCUGCCUUCAGCCAGGGUUCCUCACUCUUCAAGCACCAGCGUGUGCACACAGGCGAAAAGCCCUUUGCCUGUGCAGAAUGUGGCCGUGCCUUCAGUCACAGCUCUAACCUCACGCAGCAUCAGCUUCUGCACACGGGUGAGCGGCCCUUCCGCUGUGGGGACUGCGGGAAGGCUUUUGCCAAGGGCGCAGUGUUGCUCAGCCACCGACGCAUCCACACGGGUGAGAAGCCCUUUGUAUGCACACAUUGCGGCCGUGCCUUCCGAGAGCGCCCAGCCCUCUUCCACCACCAGAGGAUCCACACAGGAGAGAAACCUGUGCGGAAACCGCGGCGUGGGACUGGCCUGUGCCCCCAGGCCAGGCCUUCUUUGGGAGCAUCAUCAGAGGGUUCACUGGGGAGGGAAGCUGGGCCCACUCCCACUUCAGGUCCAGCCACAGUUUCAAAGCCUGCUGAAGCCUGAGUUCACAGCUGGUUGCUAAACACCUGUGUCUCCCACACAUCCACAUUUUGGAGAAGACAUGGCCGUGUACCGUGGUUCCAUCUGCACAUGGUGAUGAUGUUUGCCAUUUCAGCCACAGGUCAUCCCAACGGUCAGGCUGCAGAAAUAUCAGGGGGCUGUGUGGAUGCUGGGACUUUGGUAGGGCAAAGACCUGGCAGAGUGCUGUUUCAUGCCUAUUAUGACGUGGGUACUCAGGUGAGGAGGAGGAGGCCUGGAGUGCUGGGGAGGCGGUCCUAGAAGAUUCCCACGUCUGUACACCAGUGACUGCCAGGCUGACCCUCAGGAUGUUCCUUCAAGACCUCACUUCAUCCAAGGCCUCCUGUGAGCAGACCCAGGGGGUAGGAGGUCAUGUGCUGUCUGGUGUUGGCCUUGGGCUCUAAGUCUCAGCUUCCACCUCCGGAAAAGAAUGGGAGGGAAGGAGGGAGGGAGGGAGAGAGAGAUUCAGGCCUACCGAGGGUAUCUGCAGGACCCUGAUAGGCAGGAUCUUGAUAAGGGCCAACAUGUGCCCAUUGCCACCCCUGUGAGGUGGCUGCUGUGGUUGGUACCCCAUUUCUCAGAUGAGGAAACUGCGGCAGAGAGAGGGGAUGUGAGUUGCACACAGCAGAGCCAGGACAUGGCUCCUGGCCAUAGGCUCAGCAUCCCGAGCUCAGCACUCUGCCCCCGUGCUCUGGCACCCAUGCUCUAGUCUGCCAGUGUGAGAGCUGGGUGAUUCCAGGCCUGGCUACCUGCACCUAGAACUCCCACAGACGGUGGAGCAAGUAGAGGUAGAGGGCCCUGGGUUGGGGAGAGGGAGACCAACAUCAAGAAUGAUGGCUCUUCAGCCAUGCUCUUCCAUUCAGUUUCUCAUCCAAGCCUCAGGAUUGGCCACAUCCUCUUGUUACCAAAGGCUCCCUUACAGGAGCCUUUAUAUCCCCACUUCCCUGAGAAGAGGUGAUCAUAACAGGUUUGGAAGAGACCAGAUGGGACUACUUGUUUCUGCAGAGUCUGGUCGACAGGUGUCCACCUGUUCUCUUGCCUCAAGUGGAAAAGGGAUUUGCCGUUCCCUAAGGCCAUGUGUGUGCACCCUCCCAUGGUGGGACACCUCCACAUGGCUGGUACACUGAAUCAGAUGGGUGGGGUGGGGCCCAGGUUUCUCUCUGUGGCUCUCAGCGGACCAGCGUCCAUCGUGACCUGAGGCUUUACUCCCAGGGAUGUUAGUGGACUCUUGGGAACAAAAAAGAAAAGACCCAAAAGUAGAAGUUGGAAUGGACGUAUAUUGUGUAAAUCCUUGCACAGCAGUGUGGAAGUGCUCGGCCUUGGCUUCCUCUCCCAGCCUCCAGAUUAUGGUUCAGAAGGGUUUAAGAACACAAUCCAGAGAGGUUUUCAGAUAAAAAUUUUCAAACGUG